AGAUUAGACCUGUGAAAUACCAAACAAUGCUUUUAUGUCUAAAGACUAAAAUUAGUUAUUAAUUUCUCCAUUUUUGGACUGCCUAUUUAAGUUUUUUUUUUUGGUGAGGAUAACCUUGUGUUCCGGAUAUUCGAUAAACAUGUCUGGCGAUAUGUUCGAUGACCAAUCGCCGUUGUUGAGUCCUUUAUGUUUUCUUGAAUCACCGGAACCGUGUAUUCCGUUAUUGGAUUGCCUGCCGAAUUCAACAGUAGAAACCGAAAAACCGUAUGUUGACCCUUUUGGAUUGGUACCCGUCUCUACAAUAGACGAAACUAACCUCUUGUUAUCCUCUCAACAAUCAAAUCUAGUCACAUAUCAAGAGACAUCAACUCUGGUACCAAAACCACUUGAAAUGCACCAGAAUCAGAACCAGAACCAGCACCAACAUCAAAACCAAAAUCAACAUCAACACCAACACCAAUACCAGAACCAGCACCAACACCAAUACCAGAACCAGCACCAGCACCGUGUUGUACAACAACAACAACAACAACAACUAAUCAAUUCGCAUGAGACGUGGUUACAGGAUAAGUUAUCAAACAUGUUGAAUACUAUUCAGCAGGAGUCGAGUGUUUUUACAAGGAACCAAACAGAGAUUGGUCAACAAGUGAGGCAAGCAAAUAAUGGAUUUGCACAUCCAACUGUGACGAAUUCUCCACUUCAACUUCAAAACCGUUUUCUUCCAGUACCUUUGAUACCUCAACACCGUUCUAAUGCAUUUGGAUCACUUUUUCCUCAAACUAUGGGAUCCGCUAGGCCACAGAACUAUAUGCCAUAUCAGACGCCUCAUCAACAAGUCAGUUCUUCCUUUGGCAUGUAUCCACAGCAACCGCGCCCACCAGUGUUUGUCCGUAGGCAAAAUGAACCUCCCAAUAUAAGGAUGGUUAACAAUAAUGCUCUGACCAGGAUACAUCCGUUACAAAAUCAAACAAAUAUGAUCCCUCCCUUUAAUGCUGUUCCCCAACGUACCAUACCCCGACCUCAAAUGUCUUCUAGAUUAUUUACCAGGCAACAUGGCGGUAUGCAAACAUCGGUGAAUCAGUCUCCAUUGAGGUUUAGGUUACCCAACAUUAACAAUCGUCAGGCCCCUGUACGUCCAAACGCAAACGCAAUCAUACCCCCACAGGGUGAAAUUUUAGGAUGUCGACGAAGAAGUUACCCAAGUCGAUUUGAAUUUGGACAAUCAUCAUCAUCUUCGGCUCAACGAAGGAGAAUUGUACCAGCAAGCGAAAAUGUUGGCUCAACUUCAAUCAAUCAUGGAAAUGCUGAACAAAGGGGCACAAAUACUAUAUACGAUCCAAGAUACGAAAGCUUCGGUUUAUGUAUUGAUCCACACUUGAGAAAGUAUGCUAUGACGCUAUAACAGGUUGCUGCAGAUCUAUCCUCAAACCUUAAAUAAGUGAGCUUAUGAUGCUUAAUGGUGCAUGAUGCUCCAUCUUCUUUUCUUGUUUUCUCUCUUAUGGUACCUGUGAUUUCUCGUGGCAACGUUAUGUGGACACCUUGUUUUACAGGUUAUCUUGUACUUUUUCUUUUUCUUUUCCUCCAUUGCUAUAACAUUUUUGAGCCAAUGUAAUAUCAUAGGCUCAUAGCAACUCAUAUUCUGAUUUCUUUUCAUUUCAAUUACCUCUUAAGACUUGAGUUACAAACUG